AAAUCCAAAAAGCUGAACAAUAUUGUCGCUAACUGUCGUAAAUAUUAUGGGGGAAGCUUAAGCUAAUUAGCCGCAGUUAGCCGUUACGUUUUCAUCAAUGGUGAAACUGGGUUGUUGGAAUCUUCGUCGUUCGUAACAGUAUCUGUGCUACGGAGGAGGAGUUUAUGAGCUCACGUCCUGGAAGAACGUUUCCCUUCGGCAGUUUACGGCAGCAGGGUUUAUGUGAAAAUGUUGUUGAAAUCUGGGGGUAGUAGUUUGGGCUGUGCUGUGGGUCCCCCACCAGCCGGUCCGUGUGUGUAAUAAUGACAGUUAGCUGCUGCUGGUUCUGUCUGGACUGUCGGACCCUAGUGCUGCUGGUGGUGUUCCAUCAAACCUGCGCGGACACGAAAUGUGGUACCGAGAUUUGGAGGACGGAUACGAGUCUAAUAAAACAGGUUCCAGUAGUGGAGGAUCUCCAGGAUGGGUCCCUGGUCAGGAGUCGGCUUGGCAGAGCACCCCCCCUGUUCCUGGGAGCUUCAGGUGUGGACGCCGACACAGCACAGUGUCUGACAGUGGAGACACUGGUAUCGGCACGUACUGCUCCGACAGCGUGGAAGAUGAUCCCAGUUACAGUAAUACGCCCUCAGCCUUCCAGCCCCUCUUGCAGUACCCCCUGGUCCGGGAAGAGGCUUUGGUCCACAUGAGACCAGCCCCCUCCUCUUUAACCUCCAGUAGUGGACGGCUGCCGGCCUCCCCCAGCAGCGUGGGCCACCUGCUGGGAUCCUCCAUGUCCCUGGGGUCCGAGAACAGUCUGGAUAUGAAGGACCAUCAGCCCAUCCGGAGGUGGUCCUCGCUCAACAAGCUGUCAUCUGGGGCUGAUAAAAGCUCCACCAGGGCGUGGACCUACCAGUACCACCCGGACUCCCAGGGCUCCUUGGACAGAGGUCUACUCCAGGGGCGCAGACGGGACCCCCAGGGCUCCAGCACAGACCUCUAUCUGCCCCUGUCCUCAUCCUUCCUCUGUAACAGUUUACUGCAGCGUUCGCCAGGCGCCGGGCCCUGCUACCGCUACAACCACAACAGGAAGUCCACCGGUUUGGACACGCAUUUAUCUGUGUCCUCAGGCCUGGUGUCACCGAUAAAACACAACUGUCUGGACAUGAUCCACAACGGCCCACUAGAGGCUAGACUGUUGGAGGUCGGUGAACAGGUGUACGGACUGGGCUUCCCCAAACAGCCACAGUUAGGUUCUCCCAUUCAGCCGGAGAUCCGCACCAAGAUGUGGCUGACGGAGCAGAUGGAGUACAGCCCCAAAGUGGACCAGGGAGGGGAUGGGGGUCACGGUGGACCCAGUGGAACCGUGGAGACUGAUGAAGAUGGGGUUCACUGGCAACUUGGAAAUCAACACAAGUCGGACCUGAACCAGACGCUGAUGGAGACGGCCUUACCUGUAAACGCUCUGGUGAAGGUUAAAGAAGGACUGCUGAGACAGAGGGAACUGGAGAUAGACAGACAAAAACAGCAGAUCCUGCAGCUCCACGCCCGGAUCCGAGAGAAUGAACUCAGAGCACAGCAGGUGAUGCAGAGUCAGAAAGGCUGGUUCGACAACCACUACGUCCUGAAUACCAAGGACUCGGCAGUGGGAAUGCCGCGUAAACAGUUGUCGGAUUCGCUGCAGUACGAUGAAGAACUGGGCAGGAAGCUGGCAGUGGCCGAGCUGGAAGUCCACCAUCUGAACGAGUUUUUUAAACAAGUCACACAGAAGUAUACAGAAGGCAUUCGAAAACUGGAAGAAAAGAUAAGAACAAGGGAUCGCUACAUCACUAGUCUGAAAAAGAAAUGUCAGAGAGAGAGUGAACAGAAACAAGAAAAGCAACAGCGAAUAGAAACGCUAGAAAAAUAUCUGGCUGAUCUUCCCACACUAAACGAAGUUCAAGCUCAGGCCCAGAAGCUUGAGGAGGUCCAGCUGAAAGCCAAGGACAUGGAAGACACCAUGAGUCGGUUACAGAAAAGCGCCGAACACGCGUGUGCUCUGAUGAAAGAAAAAAACGUCAAGAUUGAGCUGCAGGCCAAGAGGGAACAGGAGCUGAUCGCAUCUGUACACAGUCUGCAGCAGAAGGUGCAGCUGUGUUUGGCAGACGGUGUCAGGUUGCCCGUGCUCGACCUAAAGCAGCUGGAGGUGGAAAACACUCGACUUCUGGAGCAGCAGGACUACAGCAGCAAGCUGAUCCAUCACCAGAAGGAACAGAUUGAGAAGCUGAUGUUGCAGCUGACGCAGCGGCAGAUGGAAGAAAGACUGUUGGUGCAUCCUCCGUCUACGGCUGAGAUGCAGGAACUGGGUCAGUUACUGAAGGAGAUGUCCUUAUGUCUGCUGGACCUGCAGGCGCUCUGCAGCAUCCAGGCCCAGAGGGCCGAGGGGAAGGAGCCCAACCUGUCUCUGCUUCUGGGCAUGAAGUCGCUCAGUGUGUCUGUGGAGGAGAACGAGUGCAGAGUGGUGGUGGAACAGGAGUUGAGGUUCAAACUGAUGGAAGUCACACAACUGAGGAAAGACAUCGACGAACUGAGGAAAAGCAUCAAAGACUGUUCUGCCCAGCGCUAAACUAACAGCAGACGGACGAGAACCCCUGCAUGUCUUCACCUUCAUGAAGGAAGGAUGUGGGUUCCUGUUCACACAGAAGGACGGAGCCUCUUCCUCUGCAGACAUACCUGGAUCUGACGGGUCCAGGACAUCAGCCUUUUCCAGCGUCAACGGCACAAAUAAACGUAUCUGCACAUGUGACACCGAUGACAGGUUCACAUCCUGCUCUGAGUCUGCGUCAAAUACAUUCAGUCUUAAAACCUGAACCGCUUUGUGUUCUGUACGUUCGCAGAGGCCAAUGCUGGUUCAUGUGAUGUGAAAAGAAUGGAAGAAAAAACCGCUGGCCUCCCUGGAUGAUCCAGUUUUUAUGUUGAACAGAAGCAGAAGGUUCCAGUUCUCCAAAACAGACACAAUCACAGACACUAAGAAAACAGAACCAUGAAGGGCAUUUUUCAAAUGAAAUUACAGAAAAACAAUAAAAAAAAAAGAUGU